UGUAAGUAUUUAGGGCUCUCCUUUCGGCCGUACAGCUGAGCACCUUCCAACGAUCACCGCGGCCUGCCGUGAACACUGAGAAACGAUGUGGUGUAGGUUUGUGUUGGCCCUCUUUGCAUUCUUCACAGGCUUCACUGCAGUCAGGAGCACUAUCCCGGUGCACGGUGGCGGCUACUUCCCAGAGACGGGAAUAAAGAGAGUCUCCAGCCACAGCUUCUGGGCCCACCAUGGGGGUGGCGGAGGAUUCAUCAGUCCAGGCAUCAUUGGGGGAGGAGCGGCUGGCGGAGGAUUCAUCAGUCCAGGCAUCAUUGGGGGAGGAGCGGCUGGCGGAGGAUUCAUCAGUCCAGGCAUCAUCGGGGGAGGAGCGGCUGGCGGAAUAGCAGGUGGCGUCAUCGGUGCAGCAGCAGGUGGUGCGGCAGGUGGUGCGGCAGGUGGUGCAGCAGUUGGUGCGGCAGGUGGUGUCGGCGGUGGCUUGGCUGGCGGCUUGAUUGGAGGAAUAAAUUCGUUUGGAUACUGGCCGCCCCAACAACAGUUGUUACCACCACUACAUGGAUGAUCCGGGUUCAGCAAGACGAGUCCGUGGGUGCUCCUAUGAUUGUGAAUAUUGCGCGGAAAUACACUCUGAAAUAUAA